GAUUGAGCAAGCCAUUCGGAACGCAGGGACUACCCAGGUGCCAGAUUAACAACCUUUGAGCCACUUGAGGCUGAGAAGUAGUCAGCAUGGCGCCAAGUGUCGUCCCGUACGCAGAGGGUGUUGCAAAAACGGGCAAAUGAUCACAGGCCGAUCCAGAACCUGUUUUCCCACUUUCGUUUUCUUUCCCGCACGCUAUGAUAUCGCCGCCAGGCCGAGGCGAGCAUAGGCCAACGGUUACUGGUCAGCGCCUCCACCGCUUAUUCCCAUGCCUCCAGGGUCCGAUCGGCGGGCGUCCAGAAGCGCCGACGACCACCAUCACCCCUUCCAUCUUGGGCCACUUUUUUGUGUUUUGCUGGCCCUCGGACAACGUAAGAGGCUUCGGUUUGCUUUCGGUUGCGGGUGCUGUGGUAGGAAGUUUCUUGGCACAUCUUUCCUGCUUCUCGGGCUGUGAGACUCUCUACGUCCUUGGGCGAAAGGCAGAGAGAGCUUGGGCCUCUCUCUCUCCUCUCUUCGUUGGGUAACCUUUUUCGAUGGAAUGGAGGCAAAGGGCGAAUCAGAAUCAAGUAGCCGCUCCACCGAGAAGCCAAUCACAUGCAACCUAGCGACGGUCAGCGGCAACCUG